GGCUCCGAUUGACUGGGAAAUGUCAGCUGCUUGACGGGACGGGUUUUCCUUUCUUGGGAGCCCAGAGGCCUUCUGGUGACCGCCACCGCCGUCUCCCCUGAGUGUGGGUCUCAGACCCUGGACGGCUGUAACAGACGGGGAGCUUACCGGCCCCUUCCAGACGCUGUCUGGCGAGAUCAGACGUGAACAGCUAUGGUUCAGAACUGUACAUGAAUAACCUCAGUGACUCAGAGCGAAUAUUCAAUAAUGAGUGGUGCAGCUUUGGGACUUGAGAUUGUUUUUGUCUUUUUUCUGGCUUUAUUUCUACUUCAUCGAUAUGGAGACUUCAAGAAACAGCAUAGACUUGUAAUUGUUGGUACAUUGCUUGCUUGGUAUCUCUGCUUUCUUAUUGUCUUCAUACUGCCUCUGGAUGUUAGUACGACAAUAUACAACCGGUGCAGGCAUGCUGCUGCAAAUUCAAGCCCUCCAGAGAAUAACAACAGUACAGGAUCAUAUGCAACUAUUACCCCAGUUCCCAGACAACAUCCAUGUUUUAAGCCAUGGAGUUACAUUCCUGAUGGAAUCAUGCCAAUUUUCUGGAGGGUAGUAUAUUGGACAUCACAAUUUUUAACAUGGAUUCUGUUACCUUUUAUGCAGUCAUAUGCAAGAUCUGGAGGGUUUUCCAUCACUGGAAAGAUAAAAACUGCACUGAUUGAGAAUGCGAUCUACUAUGGCACAUAUUUGCUAAUUUUUGGAGCAUUUUUAAUUUAUGUAGCUGUAAACCCACGUUUGCAUUUAGAAUGGAACCAACUUCAGACAAUUGGUAUAGCUGCUGCCAAUACGUGGGGUUUGUUUCUUCUUGUGUUGUUGUUGGGGUAUGGCUUGGUGGAAAUACCUCGGUCAUACUGGAAUGGAGCAAAAAGGGGUUAUCUACUUAUGAAGACUUAUUUUAAGGCAGCCAAACUGAUGACAGAGAAAACAGAUGCAGAAGAGAAUUUAGAAGACGUUAUGGAGGAAGUUCGUAAAGUGAAUGAAAGCAUCAAAUAUAACCACCCGUUGAGAAAGUGUGUUGACACAAUACUUAAAAAGUGCCCUACAGAGUAUCAGGAAAAAAUGGGUAGGAACAUGGAUGAUUAUGAAGAUUUUGAUGAAAAGCGUAAUACCUACCCAAGUGAAAAAAGUCUGGUAAAAUUGCAUAAACAGGUGAUUUAUUCAGUUCAGAGGCACCGUCGAACCCAAGUGCAAUGGCAGAUUCUUUUGGAACAAGCAUUUUAUUUAGAAGAUGUAGCAAAAAAUGAAACUAGUGCCACCCAUCAGUUUGUUCACAGCUUUCAGUCUCCAGAGCCAGAAAAUCGAUUUAUUCAAUAUUUUUACAAUCCUACAGUUGAAUGGUACUGGGAAUGUCUUUUGCGACCAUGGUUUUACAGGAUUCUUGCUGUGGUUUUGUCCAUCUUUUCUGUAAUUGUUGUGUGGUCAGAGUGCACAUUCUUCAGCACAACUCCGGUCUUGUCUCUCUUUGCGGUCUUCAUACAGCUGGCAGAAAAAACAUACAACUAUAUUUAUAUCGAGAUUGCUUGCUUCCUUUCCAUCUUCUUCCUCAGUAUUUGUGUUUAUUCUACUGUAUUCAGGAUUCGUGUAUUUAACUAUUAUUACUUGGCUUCCCAUCACCAGACUGAUGCAUACAGUCUACUUUUCAGUGGCAUGUUAUUUUGCCGUUUGACUCCUCCUUUAUGUCUUAAUUUCUUGGGUUUGACCCAUAUGGAUUCCUCCAUCUCUCACCAGAAUACUCAGCCUACUGCUUAUACAUCUAUUAUGGGUUCCAUGAAAGUUUUAUCCUUCAUUGCAGAUGGAUUCUAUAUAUAUUAUCCAAUGCUGGUGGUAAUUCUCUGUAUUGCUACUUAUUUUAGUUUGGGAACCCGUUGUUUGAAUCUGCUUGGUUUCCAGCAGUUUAUGGGUGAUAAUGAUAUGACAUCAGACUUAGUUGAUGAAGGAAGAGAAUUAAUCAAACGAGAGAAGAGAAAAAGGCAAAGGCAAGAAGAUGGUGAAAAUCGAAGAAGAGAAUGGAAAGAACGUUAUGGGCACAAUAGAGAAGAUUCCACUAGGAAUAGAAAUGUUCAUUCUGAUCCAAAAGAGUCAAAUUUCUCAGAUACUAGUACCAAUUGGUCAUCCAAAUAUACCAGGGCUAAUAAUAGGACUGAAAGGGACCGAAUAGAACUUCUCCAAGAUGCAGAACCUUUGGAUUUUAAUGCAGAAACAUUCAGUGAUGAUCCUCUUGAAUCUGAAUCAGGAAGGUAUCAGCCUGGUGGACGAUAUCUUUCUAUGUCUUCCAGUAUAAUAUUUGAAGAUAUCUAAAGUCUGAAAAAAAUGUAUGGAUCAACUAAAGUAUUCAACACAUCACAUCAGUUCAGGUUUUAUGAACAUCCUUAUGCCCUAGAAUUUCUUGCCUAUUCUCAAAGAAGUGUCAGUAUAACAAAAAAGACACCAAGAAUUAAGUACAGCUUAGUUUAUUAAAGAGUAUUAUCUUUUUAAUAACACUUAUUCCAUACCAUUCCCUAAGUGUCUGCCUUAGAAGUACAGUUACAAUGGAAGGAUUUAAUUCAUGAUAAAGAUCAGUAUAUGUUGAGAACAUAUACUUCAGUUUCAUGCGAAUUUUUUUCAGGAAAGUUAUUUAAAGGUUCAAGGAAGCCAUAAGUCAUACUAAAUAUCAUACAUUUUAUUAUUGUGAUUUACAUUUCUGCUGUU